UGGAUCCACGAUUCAGAAAACUAGAUCUAACUCUCUUCCUCUCAUUUCCAAUCUUCCCUCUUCUCUCUUCUCUCUUCUCUUUACUGAUCGCCGACUGUUACCUUGACCGUCGACGGCUGCUGUGGCCGCUUCGUGACGCGCCCUCUCUCUCCUGGCUCAUAGAAAUAUGCCUUCUCAAAAGGUUGAAACGGGUCAUCAAGACACAGUCCAUGAUGUGGCAAUGGAUUACUAUGGCAAGCGGCUGGCUACAGCUUCAUCUGACCAUACUAUAAAGAUUAUUGGGGUGAGCAACACAGCCUCUCACCAUCUAGCAACUCUGAGUGGUCAUCAAGGACCUGUGUGGCAAGUAGCGUGGGCUCACCCGAAAUUUGGAUCUCUACUCGCUUCAUGUUCCUAUGAUGGGCGUGUCAUUAUAUGGAAGGAAGGUAACCAAAAUGAAUGGACCCAGGCUCAUGUCUUCGAUGACCACAAGUCAUCUGUGAAUUCAGUUGCUUGGGCUCCUCAUGAGUUGGGUCUUUCCUUGGCUUGUGGUUCAUCAGAUGGGAAUAUCUCAGUUUUCACUGCAAGAGCAGAUGGUGGCUGGGACACUUCAAGGAUUGAUCAAGCCCACCCAGUUGGUGUCACUUCUGUUUCAUGGGCCCCUUCCACAGCACCUGGUGCUCUUGUUGGUUCUGGGUUGCUUGAGUCUGUGCACAAGCUGUGUUCAGGCGGCUGCGACAAUACGGUGAAGGUAUGGAAGCUCUACAAUGGGAACUGGAAGAUGGACUGCUUCCCAGCCCUUCAAAUGCAUACUGAUUGGGUUCGAGAUGUCGCAUGGGCACCUAACCUGGGACUACCUAAGUCUACCAUUGCUAGUGCAUCACAAGACGGAAGAGUCAUUAUAUGGACUGUGGCCAGAGAUGGUGAUCAGUGGGAAGGCAAGGUUUUGAAUGAUUUCAAGACCCCUGUUUGGAGGGUCUCAUGGUCAUUGACAGGAAACAUAUUGGCUGUUGCUGAUGGAAACAACAGCGUGACACUAUGGAAGGAAGCCGUGGACGGGGAGUGGCAACAGGUGACAACGGUGGAACCCUAGAGUCUGAUUUUUUUAAAGUCCUCAUUGUUAAUUUGGUACCAUGAUUAGAAUUUUCAUUUUCCAUUCUUAUAAUGUAAUUGACAUCUUGUUUUUUCUUUUGUUCCAUAUCAUACCUUUGAGUAAGUGUGCUUCUACUAAGCUCUAGGUCCUUGAACUUUGUGAUCCAUUUAAGAGACUCUGAUUUCAAGAAUGAAGUUGAAUAUUUUGAAUUGUUUCCUUUAAA